AUGAGUGACGUAGAAAGUGACAGCAAUGGAAGACUGGGAGAGCAAGAUGAUGAGGAAGUGUAUGAUGAUGAAGCAUAUGAACAAGUCAUUUUAGAAAUGAAAAAAAUGGUGGAAGUUUCGCCGAAGGACUAUGGCAGUCGUAUGAAAUUGAUUGAGGCUUUGCGUCGAAGUGGUGAGCUUGAAGCAGUUCGAGAACAACGAGAAUGCAUAUCAACAUUAUACACGAUGCCUCCCAGUUUCUGGCUAGACUGGAUCGAAGAUGAAAAGUCGGCAGAAAGUGGCAAGGAUCUGAUUAAACGGCUUUUCGAAUGUGCAGUUCGGGAUUUUCACAGUCCCGAUGUUUAUCUGGAAUACGUCCAAUGGGCCUGCGGUACAUCUCUCGAUUUUGCGAGAGAGAAAAUGGAAGAAGCAGUGAUAAAAAUAGGUUUACGAGCUGAUUGUGCUUCUUUGAUUUGGAACAUUUAUUUGGAUUUUGAAAAAAUGAUUCUGAAUUCAAUGGGUGGUGACAAAGAUGAGAAGCAGAAGAAGCACGUGGAAUCACUUUAUGGACGACUGCUUAGUGUGCCUCAUCUAGGUCUACAAGAGUCAUGGAAUGAAUACAAAGCAUUUGCGGAAGGUAAAGUAUCAGACCAGUUUCAUAAAACGUUUGAAAGUUCAGCGAAACGUGUGGCAGAUAUUAGUGAAUUUGAACAGCGUCUUGAAAAUGCCACGGAAGAGAACGAGAAAUUAUCUGUUUUAAUGGAAUACAUAGAUUUCGAAAUGCAAACAAACGAUCCUGCAAGAAUUCAAAUGAUUUUUGAAAGGACACUUUGUACAUUUGCUGCUUCUCCAAGUUCUGAUCUCUGGUUACAGUACGGUAAUUGGCUGGAUUCUUCAUUGAAAUUGUCACAGGUUUCUGUAGACGUAUAUGCACGUUCUGUACGUCAUGCACCAUGCUCAGCACUCUGGCAGCAAUACUUUUCGGCUCUUGAACGAUCAAAUGCUUCUCCCGAAGAAAUCGAUGCCAAAUGGCCAGAUGCUCGAGAUGCAAUAACGACACAAGAGGAGGGACUCUCUCUCUAUCGUACUUAUAUAUACUUGCUUCGACGACGUGUUGCCAAGCAAGGUGGCAAUGAUUAUUUGGCUGUAUUAAAGAAAUUCGACGAAGGUGCAGCUUUUUUGGCUGAAAAAUUUGGAUCUCAUUGGGAUAGUCCAAAAGCUCAAUAUCGUAAAAACCAUGCCCUCUUUCUAUAUACGUCGGCAAAACAGCCUGAGAAAGCUCUGAAAAUCUGGAAUGAUAUUCUGGCAUCGGGAAAUGGUCACUUUGCAGCAGCCUGGAUAGAAGCUGCUAAUUUAGAACGUUUUUUUGGUGAUAUCAACAAUGCUCGUAAACUGCUCUACAAAGCUGUCAAUUCAACAAGCGAUCAUCCAUAUACCGUUUUUGACGCUCUUAUACAGUUUGAAAGAGAGGUAGGUACUAUCGAAGAUCUGGACAAAGCGCUUCAAAAGGUAAAUGCUCAGGCAGCUCGGAUUUCACUAAGGCCGCAAAAGAACAAAGUGGAGAAAAACAGUAAAAAGAGGAAGAAAGAAAAUGAUGAAGAUGUUGAAAUCAAAAAAAGGAAAGAGGAUAUGAAGAAAAAAGGACAGAUUCUUAUAACCAAUGAGGACGAGUUUAGAAACGGCACAACGGAAGCUGCGACAAAAAUUCAACAGAAGAGCGAGAUGAUAAAUGUCGAUAAAAAGCAAGUGGAUGGUGAUGGCUUUGUAGUCCCACAACUACCUUCACAGUUGCCAAAGCCCAAAACAAUAUCAAGUCAAAGUGUCAGUUCAGAAGGGACAAGCAGAGAAGCCUCUUCUGAAAAGCGUCACACCAUAUUUGUCUCUAAUCUCGAUUUCAAGUUGCCGACUGAAAGACUGGAGGAAAUAUUCCCGAAUGCGAAAGAAGUUCGACUAGUCUACCGAGGGAUGAGCAAAUUGCACAAAGUUCUGUAUUGUUUACUUCGCGGGAUUUGGCUAUAUAGAUUUUUAACUGAACAAGAAGCUCGAGAAGCUCUGAAAAUGGAUCGAACGCAAAUUGAUGGAAGGCCGAUGUAUGUUUCAGAGUAUAAACCGCAUGAUAAAGGGAAGAAUACCGAAUUUCGUUAUAGUACCAGUCUGGAAAGAAACAAGGUUUUUGUUAACAAUGUCCAUUACGAUGCUACCGAGGAGCAGCUUAAGGAGAUAUUUGCAACAUUUGGUGCAGUUCGUGAUGUUCGUAUUGUGACACAUAAAUCUGGUAAAUCGAAAGGUUGCGCAUAUGUUGAGUUUGAAAAUGAUGAUGAUGCUGCAGUAGCAGUGAAAGCUAGCGAAGACCUUAUUCUUUUAGAACGAAAAUUAUCAGUUGCAAUUAGCAAUCCACCGAAGCGAAAGGAGCAACUGCAGCGGCUAUCGUUUAACACAACCAGUUUUUCGCAUCAACGAAGCAAAAUAGAUUUAAUACCGCGAACACUGGCAAGAACCACAAAACUUGCCAGAUCAGCUGGCGAUAAUAGAAGCAACGAGAACGGUUCAAAAGAUCUUGGGGCUCCUGAGUAUAUAGUAGUAACAAAAAGUAUAGUAACAAGUAUAGUAACAGUAACAAAACUGAGUAUAGUAACAAAACAAAAUGGCUUGGAUGAUUAG